GAUGCUGAAGAAGAUCACAUCAGAGGAAUCUGUGGAGGACAGGUCUGCAGCGGAGUUAGACGCACUGAAACACAGAGACUGGGCGCGUCUGUGGGUGCAGCUGAUGAAGGACCUCAGGCAGGGGGUGAAGCUGAAGAAGGUUCAGGAGCAGCCCUUCAACCUGCUGCCCACCGAGUUCAGCCUCACACCCUUCGAGAUGCUGAUGCAGGACAUCCAGACACGCAAGUUCCAGCUCCGCAAAGUCAUGGUGAGAGACGUGGUCUAAAAUAUUCAAGCCAACCAUAAAGAAGAA